AUGCCAAAAGAAUACUUACCAGAAUGCCUUGUCUUCAGUGCGAAAACCACCGCACGCCAGACUCAAGAGCUGAUCGACAGCAAGCUGGACAAACGGCGAAAGCAAGUGUACGGAUCGCCGAUGGGCCGGUUUCUGGUGUUUUUCAUUGAUGAUCUGAACAUGCCUGCUCUUGAUGUUUUCGGCGCUCAGCCCCCAAUCGAGCUGAUUCGUCAGUGGAUGAACUUCGGCGGAUGGUACGACUAG